UUUAUAAUGAAUGGAACCUAGAUCUAAGGUCCGAAGUGGGUCAAGGUGGCGUCGAGCAUGAUGCAAUAUUGACAAAGAUCUGCACGCGUAUAUAUAUAGCCUAUAGGGUGGGGACCCUGACGAACAUUGCUCAUUAGGUACGACGUGAAACUGCACGCACACCAAUCGUUCCCAGUCAUGACCUCCUCAACUUCCUCCAACCUCCUCAUUCCCAAUCUGAGCCCCAGAGAAGCAAUCACAGAUGCCAUCUAUCGCGCCGUCACGGCCAUAGAUUCCAACGAUGCAGAAUUAUGGGCAACAGCUGCGUCUAAGGACAUCACAUUCGAAUUCAAACCCGGCGACAGGGCUCUAGACUAUGAUGCGCUAUGGGCUUUCGUGACGAACAAAUUUCAUGCUCAUUUCCUUGUACAGGACACGACGCACAUCACUAGCAACAUUCGCAUCUUUUAUACCCCUGGCCAGACAACCGCGAGGGCAACUUUCCACAGCAUGAAUCAACAUUACAAUCUCGGUACUGGAGGAGACCUCGGCGCUCCACACUUCCUCGUCGCGGGUCUGUCUGCGGUCGACUUGGUCCAGGAUACGGUGGACGGAGUAGAGGUCUGGAAGUUCAGGAAGUGGGUAUUGAACAGGAGUUGGGUCCAAGGCGACUUUAGUGUGCUCCAAUGAUCCCCCACUGUGGAUCUUCACACCUUACAUAUGAUACAGAUGAAUUCAGAUCUCGAAGCCAGAAAG